GAAGACAAACUGCCACUCCAGCAUCUGAAGAUGACUUGUGAGCCUGGAUCUGGCUACCCUCUCACCAACAACCUGAUGUCAGAAGACAAACUGCCUCUCCAGGAUCUAAAGGCGAUUUGCGUGCCUGCACCUGGCUACCAUCCUAAUUACAACCCGACGCUGCCCUUCUGUGAACCCAUCCCACGUGGCUUGAGAGUUGGGAUGUCUGUCUACGUUCAGGGAGUGGCCUUCAAAAAUAUGCAGAGGUUCGUGGUGAACUUUGCGUUGGGGCCAGAUCCAGUAGCCCACGACAUCGCCUUCCACUUCAACCCCCGCUUUGAUGGCUGGAACAAGGUCAUCUUCAAUUCUCGGUUGUCGGGCCAGUGGGGUCAAGAAGAGGAGUUAAAGAGGAUACCCUUCAAAAACGGGGAGCACUUCGAGGUGCUGGUGACGGUCACGGAGCAACAUUACAAGGUGCUGGUGAACGGAAAUCUUUUCUAUGAGUAUGGGCACCGGACCCCCAUCCAGAAUAUCACCCACCUGUAUGUGGAUGGGGACAUGACCCUUCAAUCCGUUAACUUUCUUGGCAGCUAUUUCAGCUCCUCUGAGGGUCCUGGCGUUGAUCUCCAGUCACCAGUUAACCUGCCUGCUAUGGAGGGACCCCCAGUCUUCAACCCGCCGGUGCCAUUUCUGCAGAAACUUCAGGGAGGAAUGGUGACCCACAGAACCAUUAUAAUCAGGGGCUUCAUCCCCCUCUCAGCCAAAAGGUUUCAUAUCAACUUCAAUGUGGGAACCACAGGGCAGAUAGCCCUGCACAUCAACCCGCGCAUGGAUGAGAAGGCGGUCGUGCGCAACAGUUUCCAGAAUGGCGUCUGGGGUUCCGAGGAGAGGAGCAUCUCCUACAAUCCCUUUGGUCCAGGGAAAUACUUUGAUCUCUCCAUCCGCGCCAGCACCUAUCACUUCAAGGUAUUUGCCAACGGCCAGCACGUCUUUGACUACAAACAUCGUGUAUUGGCUACCAUGGUGGACAUACUGGAGAUUGGCGGGGAUGUCACCCUGUCCUAUGUCCAGGUCUGAGCUUCACACGUGGCCAGGAUAUUGGGAAAUCCGAAAGAAAGAUCCCUCCCCCACUUAAACUCCUCUAGGGGCUGGAGCAAUAGCGCAGCAGGUAGGGCAUUUGCUUUGCAUGCAGCAGACCCAGGUUCGAUUCCCAGAAUCCCAUAUGGUCCCCUGAGCACCGCCAGGAGUAAUUCCUGAGUGCAUGAGCAAGGAGUAACCCUGUGCAUCACCGAGUGUGACCCCCCAAAAUAAAAAAGAAGCUCCUCUACAUU